UAGAAAUUUAAUAUAUCAAGUCGGUGAACUAAGCAAGGAACUCACCUCAGUGAUGUUACAAAAUUGUUCCGAAUUGUGUAAACUUUGACAUAGAAAUUAGUUUAUUUAAAUAUUUUAAGUACCUCGCUAUUGUAUUUAUUUAAAUUAAAGUGUUUUGAUAUCAAAUUUAUUAAGAAAAAAUAUUCAAAUACUUUUAAAAUAUAAAUCAAAUAUUACGAUGCUGACCUCAAUGUAUCGACACAACUCAAGAAUUGCAUCAAGAUGGAUGAAUCGCGUUCGGUUAAUGAGUCAAAGCGUGGAGAAUCCAAAGACAGCUAUCAUUAUGUUAAAUAUGGGGGGACCAAAGACUACAGAUCAGGUACCUGACUACCUACUAAGGAUAAUGACAGACCGCGACAUGAUACAACUACCGGUGCAGAGCAAACUUGGACCCUGGAUAGCCAGCAGACGAUCAGAGGAAGUUAAGAAAAAGUACAUGGAAAUCGGAGGGGGAUCCCCUAUUUACAAAUGGACAGAUUUACAAGGAAGGCUCCUGACAAAAGCACUGGACCAGAUGCUACCAGAAUCGGCUCCCCAUAAACACUACAUAGCGUUCAGAUACGUUCCACCGUUCACUGAAGAAGCUUUGAGUGCGGUGGAAAAAGACGGUGUAGAGAGAGCGAUCAUAUUCUCUCAAUAUCCGCAGUACAGUUGCGCAACCACCGGCUCGAGUUUAAACGCCAUUGCAGAUUUUUAUAAAGACAGAUCAUUGCCAAAAAUUAAAUUCUCACUGAUAGAACGAUGGGCGACGAAUAUAAAUUUAGCGAAAGUGUUCGCGGAAAGGAUCAAGGAUAAACUGCAAUUGUUUGACGAAAAAAUACGAGAUCAAGUACUAAUCAUGUUCACCGCGCACAGUUUGCCGUUAAAGGCGGUAUCACGCGGAGACACGUAUCCCCACGAGGUCGCAGCGUCCGUAUCCGCAACAAUGGCGCAGCUCUCCGUCCCCAAUCCUCACAGACUCGUGUGGCAGAGCAAAGUCGGACCGUUGCCAUGGUUACAACCGUACACAGACGACGCCAUAAAGGCGUACGCGAAGCAAGGCGUCAAACAUAUGAUCCUUGUACCGAUUGCGUUCGUUAAUGAACAUAUAGAGACAUUACACGAACUCGAUAUAGAAUACUGCGAUGAAGUCGCUAAAGAGGCUGGCAUCACUCAGAUCGAACGCGCAUCAGCUCCUAACGAUCAUCCGAUAUUCAUAGCUGCAAUGGCGGAUGUUGUCGCGAAGCAUAUUAAUGAUGGUCCGAGCGUGUCGAAACAGUUUCUAUCUAGAUGUCCACACUGCGUCAGCCAAAGGUGCAAAUCAUCGAAGGAGUUCUACAAGAAGUUGUGUUCCACAGAUUAUAACCAACCGGAGUUGGCAGCUAAAAUAUAGAUAAAACAAAUUAAAGUAUUACAUUAAAA